AUGGUAAAUCCAGGUAGAAAGGAUUGGAGCCUACGUCUAGAUGAUGCACUUUGGGCAUCUCGAACCGCAUACAAAACACCAAUAGGGAUGUCUCCUUAUAGGAUAGUUUUUGGCAAAUCUUGUCAUUUACCAGUUGAAAUCGAACAUAAGGCAUAUUGGGCAAUCAAACGUUGCAAUAUGGACAUAGAAGAAACUGGAAAGGCAAGAAAUCUCCAAUUACAAGAAUUGAAGGAGUUGCGGUUAGAAGCAUGUGAGAAUUCGAGAAUCUACAAAGAGAAGACCAAGUUGUUCCAUGAUAAUUUGCUUUUAAGGAAACAAUUUAUGGUUGGUCAAAAGGUGUUAUUAUAUAAUUCUCGACUCAAACUCAUGCCAGUGGAGAUCAAAAUUCUUGAUACAAAUAAGGUUUUCAAAGUGAACGGGCACAGAUUAAAGUUGUUCCAUGAUGAUGCAAAUGUCUCCUCCUUGGUAGACAUCUCGUUGGAUCUCCCUCAUUAUUCAUCGAAUUAA